AUGCCCGAGCCGGCCAAGUCCGCCCCGGUGCCCAAGAAGGGCUCCAAGAAGGCCAUCACCAAGACGCAGAAGAAGGGCGACAAGAAGCGCAGGAAGACCCGCAAGGAGAGCUACUCCAUCUACGUCUACAAGGUGCUGAAGCAGGUCCACCCGGACACCGGCAUCUCCUCCAAGGCCAUGAGCAUCAUGAACUCCUUCGUCAACGACAUCUUCGAGCGCAUCGCGGCCGAGGCCUCCCGCCUGGCCCACUACAACAAGCGCUCCACCAUCACCUCCCGCGAGGUCCAGACGGCCGUCCGCCUCCUCCUGCCGGGAGAGCUGGCCAAGCACGCCGUCUCCGAGGGCACCAAGGCCGUCACCAAGUACACCAGCUCCAAGUAA